AUGUGGUAUCUCGACAAAGAUAUACUUUACCUAAUAUUUGAAGAAAUAAAAAAUGACAAAAAAACGCUUCAUUCAUGCCUUUUAGUUAACAGAACCUGGUGUGUAACAGCAGCUCCACUUUUAUGGAAAAAUCCUUGGAAGUACGUUACCAUAAAGUCAAAGAUUUUACUAUUUAAUGUAAUAAUUUCACAUUUAUCAAAGGAGUCAAGAGAUAUUUUGAAAAAUCAAGGAAUUAAUAAUCUCAUUACAGAAACAUAUCAGCGACCUUUAUUUAAUUAUAUUUAUUUCUGUAAAUAUUUGAGUUUAUUUUUUUUGGAAAACGAAAUUUCUUCAAAAAAUUUUGAAAAAUCAAAAAUGUCCAUUAUAAGAAAUGAGAUAUUGAAAUUAUUUAUUAAUGGUGAUAAGAAAUAUAUACAUAUUUCUAUCCCAGAUAAAUUUGAUUGUCAAUUACAUCAUAUUACUGGUUUUGAACAUUGCUUUUCAGAACUAGAAUCCUUUUAUUGUCGAGGUAAUAUUGAUCAAAAUGUUAUAGAAGGAUUGGCUAAAGUAUGCAAAUCGAUUAAAAGUUUAAGUGUUGGUAUUAAUUCUAAUAAUUUUGGAAUUUUUAAAUUAAUUGAAGUACAAAAAAACUUAAACAUCGUUAAUCUCAUCCAUCGUGGUAGACUAAAGAAAAGAAAAGAAUCAUUUAAUAAAUCUCUUGAAGAAUCUUUAAUUAAACAUGCUAAUACUAUCCAAUAUUUGAGAAUUGAAUGGAAACCUAUUACGAGAUUUCUUUCAUAUUUUGUAAAUCUAUUAAAUUUAGAAAUUUACUUACCUUAUAACAUUAUUGAUAUUAAUCAAUUAGAAAAUAUAUCAUUGCCUAAUUUAAAGACUCUAAGAACACGAAGAGUCACACCUAAAGUUUUGGCAAAUUUAAUUGAAAAUACAAAAGGAAAUCUUACUGAAAUUAGUGUACUUUAUAGUGAUCGUUAUGAUAAUAGUGAAAUGUUUAUUCAAGCAAUUUAUCAAAAUUGUCCAAAUCUAAAAUAUUUUCAUCUGUCACUUAUUAAUAAUAGUAAUUCACUUAUCUCAGAAUUUGAGAAUUUAUUAAUUUCUUGUCAAUUUUUAAGUGGAUUAGUUAUUAACGUAUAUGAUGAAUAUUAUAAUAAAUUUAGUUGGGACAAUUUAUUAUUAAUAUUAGCUAAAUCAUCACCGAUUAGUUUGUUUAAGUUUAAAUUUUUUUCUAGCACGAUAAUUAAAUUAUUCGGUGGCAUGGUAUUAUUUUUUGAUAAUUGGAAAGAUAGGAAUCCCAUAUUAAUAAGAGUAGGUGUUGAUAAUUAUAUUCAGAGCGAGCAAAUGAAUGAAUUUAUCAAUGAAUAUAAAAUGAGAGGAAUAGUUGAAAAAUAUUCCAUAGGUUUUGGUGUUAGUGGUUAUGAAAAUUUUGAAUGGGUCUAA